CCGAGUAUAAAAGAGGACGACGACGACGACGACGAAAUAUCGCAUUGAAUCUUCGUUCAUCAAAAAGGGGCGCGUUCUAUCCAAACAAGGUACGGCAGUUACUCAAUCCCCACAGCGCAAAGAUGGCGACCUCGUCCUCGUCCCUCCCGCCCGACCUCUUCGACCAGACGACCCUCAUCUCGCUCUUCUCGACGCUCGCCAUCCUCGGCCUCGCCCUAGCCAUCUCGCGACGCGCCCUUGACACCGCCACCACCACCGGCCCCUACCGCGUGCUCUUCAUCUGGCACGCCUUCGACGCGCUGAUCCACUUCGUCCUCGAGGGCAGUUUCCUCUACCACUGCUUCUUCUCGUCGGUGCUCGCCACUGCCGCCGGUUCCAAGAGCUUUUAUCCCGACCCGCACAACUUCCUCGGCACCACGGCCCGCGUCCACGGCGCCCAGGCCGGUGGCGAUAAUCCCUUUGCCCAGCUGUGGAUGGUGUAUGCGCGCGCGGACAGAAGAUGGGCUGGUGUUGAUCUGGGCGUCGUCAGCCUCGAGCUCUUGACCGUCCUCAUCGUCGGACCCUUGGCCGUCCUCACCUGCUACGACAUUGCGAAGAAGAAUGUGGCGCGCGCCAAUAUCAUCAUGAUCGUGAUUGCCACGGCUGAGAUCUACGGCGGCUUCAUGACCUUCUGCCCCGAGUGGCUCGUUGGCAAUCUCAACCUUGACACGAGCAACUUUAUGUACUUGUGGGUCUACCUAGUCUUCUUCAACACGCUCUGGGUCUGGAUCCCGCUGUAUGCCAUCUAUGUUGCGUCGUCCGACAUCGUCGAUGCCUUCAGGGUGAGGGACGCGGCGCGCACGGUGAAGAAGACGAGGUAAAGUAGAGCUUCGCGGUUCAGGUCAAAGGGGUUGUCCUGUCCGUGUUGGAUGUCUUGAGUUCAAAAAUGAAAAAUGCCGGCUUUAAUUUCCUUGUACCAUUCCUCUCGGUAAUCUUUAUUCUAUCUGUAUAAUUGUUUAUUUCCCCGUGGCAGUGAACCUG